ACUUAGAAGUUUUAAUAUUACUUUUUGUUGAGAAAUCACAUACAAUACUUAUUUGGGAAGCAACUCUUUCGUUAUAAUUUCCUUUUAAAUGUGUUGAAAAAGUUUAUUUUUCGGUGCAGAAAAGUGGUAUUAACAAAGUAAACAAUCAUGUCGGCGUACCACCGAAACCUUCAAUACCUAAAACAACAGUUUUCAGCGUUGCUGCACAAUACGUCGCCUGUUAUAACGCUUAUCUGUUUGGUCACUGGCUUUGGUUACCUACUCUCAUACUCGGAGACUGCUGUGCGGCUGUUGAGCGUGACACCUGGCAAGAUUCUGCCAAAUGCCGAAUUCUGGAUAUGGACGGCGUUUACAUUUUGUUUUAUCGAAAUGCAUUGGUGGGAAGUGCUGGUCGAUGUCGUCACUGUGGGACUAUGUGGCAAGAUGUUGGAACCACUAUGGGGACAAAUAGAAAUGUUCAAGUUUUUCGCUUUGACCAAUUUUGGCGUUUCCAUACUAACCACCAUAUAUUACUUAUUUUACUUCGUGGUAACCGAUAAUCCGAGCAUACUUUUCGACGUGCACAUCCAUGGAUUGGCGGGCUAUGUAGCCGGAAUCUGUGUAGCAGUGCGUCAAAUAAUGCCAGAUCAUUUAAUUUUCAAAACACGUUGGGGAAAACUAACCAACAGAAAUGUGCCCUUAACGGUGUUUGUGGCGUCAAUUAUUGCGUGGGCAAUCAACCUAUUGGAUGGCACAUACCCUACAAUGUUUGGAUCGGGACUAAUUGUGGCAUGGAUCUACUUGCGCUUUUAUCAAUGGCACCCAAACGGACGGGGCGAUAGUUCCGAAAGCUUUACAUUUGCCAGCUUCUUCCCGAGUGUGAUGCAACCAGUGAUAAGUAUUUUGGUGAAUCCCAUCUACAUAUGUUGCUUGAAAUUGAGUGUGGUCAAGACGCCAGCUCCGCCACGUUCAGCUUCCUUAGCAGGUAGUUUGUCAUCCGUCUCCAUACAGAUGCCUGGUGCCGAUGCGCACGAUAUCGAACGACGCAGGCAAAUUGCGCUAAAGGCUUUGAGUGAACGUUUAAAAACCACUGAUGCUGCGCGUCACAAUCAAUUACCCAAAUCGUUCCCUACCGUUACCAGCGGUGGGGGACCAAUGGCAGGGCAUCAACAUCAUCAUAAGCACCAGCAUCAUCACAAUCAACAUCAGCAUCAGCAUCACCAACAUCACGGUCACGGUCAUAGCCAUAGUCACACACAUGACCAUGAUCAUCCGCCAGAACAUGUUAGUGCACAAGCACUAAUAAAUCCCUCGUUCCUUGGACAAACGCAGCAUGGCAGCAGUAAUAUGUCAUCACCCAUAACGACAGCACGCGCAGAGCCACGUAUGAUCAGUACAAUGAGUACGAUAGCGAUACCAAUGCCAGCACCACCGCCGAGAAGUGAUACAACUGCUGGUGCGACAGCAGCAAUGGGUGAUGCGCUAAUCGAUCUGAGUGGAGAAUCUAAGCAGUAGGAAUGUAAAUUAUUAGACGUUAUAACGUAAUUUGGUAUUUUGUUUUACACUGAUAAAUAUCUAUAUAUAUAUAGAUAUAUGUAUACAUAUUUAUGCAAAAGACGCACUACAAACUGAAUGCACACUUAAGCGUAGGUACAUUCAUACAGUUGGUAAAUGUGAAUAUGUUAGAGAGUGGUUCUACUUGUGAAAGCAAAAAAAAACGUAUCGAUAUUGUUUCGAAGAAUACAUUAAAACACUUUAUAGUAGAAAAAUCAAACAGAUGUAUUUAUAAUGACGAGUUUGAAAACAAGCUAAUUUUGAGCACUUGUCUACACAACAUAAAAAUAUCUGUAUGCAUGUAUUUGGUUGCCCUUUCGAUUUGCUUACGACACAUAAGAACUUGAAUGUAAUGAGACAGGAUCAUCCGUGAUAUGUAAUUAUUUUUUUUACUACUCUUUACUGAAAACUAAAAUGGUGUUUGAAAGUAAAAAAGAAAGCCCAAAAAUUCUUUGCAAACGCUCCAUAUUUUGCUCAUACACAUGCUUAGGGAGUUACGGGUGUAUCGAUAUUAGAAUUUUUCUUUUUUUUCAAUUUCUUGAAAGUCCUAAAUUUUUGGUUGUUCCUUAUUGAACAAAUGGAUUAAAUGUUAGAAAAAGUAAAUUUUAGUAAGUUAUUGCUGAACAAUAAACCACAGUUAAACAUUGUAACACGCCUCGAUAGUGAAAGCGCAGCGAAAUGUACAAUUUGUUACAUUUUAGAACCCGAACGUUUUGAAUGAAUGAAUCACAAUAGUGUAUUUAGAGAAUAACGAACUGUGCAGAAAAAUUGUUUUUGACACAAGUACAUUUUCCAUGUUUUCCUGCUUCCAUAAACGCAUUUUUGAUGAACACACAUACACACACACACAGAUGGACACUACACUCACAAUUUAAUAAGUAUUCCGAUUUUAAUUGUAAUAUAUAUUUGAAAAAGUCAACCGGUGCAUUAUUAAAUAUUAAAAGUUCGGCCAACGGACACUUAAAGUUA